AUUUGGUACAAGUAAAGUGGAUAGCCUUACACGAUUUGGGUUCUUGUCUUUUUAACGUGGCCAUGGCUUCUUUGCAGAAAAUAACUUUUCAAAGUCCUCUGAUUUCCUCGAAACCCAUAAAUGAACCUCACGAAUUUCAUCAAAAUCAAGCAUUUUUUCCGUUACCCAUUUCAAGAAGAUCUGCAAUUUUGAUAUCUGUUCUUCCAUUUGCCCUAAUUUCUAACCCUCUAGAAUCUGCGGCUAGAGAAAGGCGCAACAGAAAGGUCAUCCCUCUUGAAGAUUACCUCACCAGCUCAGCUGAUGGACUGAAAUACUAUGAUAUUGCUGAAGGAAAGGGCCCCACUGCUGAAAAGGGAUCAUUCGUUCAAGUUCACUUUGAUUGUGUUUAUAACAAAAUCACAGCAGUUUCAAGCAGAGAGUCUAAAAUUUUAGCUGGAAAUCGUACAAUUGCACAGCCUUACGAGUUCAAGGUUGGAGCUCCUCCGGGAAGGGAAAGAAAGCGCGAUUUUGUGGACAAUCCCAACGGUUUAUUUUCUGCACAAGCGGCACCAAAACCUCCCCCCGCCAUGUACACCGUGGUUGAGGGGAUGAAAGUUGGUGGAAAGAGGAGAGUGAUUGUUCCCCCGGAGGCUGGGUAUGGAAAAAGGGGCAUGAAUGAAAUUCCGCCUGGAGCGACCUUUGAGAUGAAUCUUGAGCUAUUGCAAGUGAUUCGACCUGAAGGGAAGUAGUUUGUUUCCAGGGACUGUGGGUAUCUUAAUCUUGUUUAUUAGCAGGAUCUGAAUGAGUUUGCAGGGGUAGUUUGGGUAUAAAGAGCAAAUUUUACUACCAUGCCAUUUUAUGAGAUAUGUAUAAAGCUUUGUAAUAUGAAGUUGUACAUGACAUUGCAUGACAAAAAACUCUUUGUAACACUGUAUUUAUAUACCAACUCCUUUUAUCA